AUAACUCAAACUCAUUGUAUGCUUUGGCCGAGUUCAGCAUGCAUUUAUCCUUUGAGGUUUUAAGCCUUUGGGCUGUGAUAUUUUUCUCGUCCAUAAUAUUUGUUUGUUCUCUUGUGGAUGUGGAGCAAACCUGGACAUACGAAUUGAAAUCAAUUGAAACCUAUUCCUCCGAUCCUGAAAAGGUGAAAUUUGGUGAAUGUAAGCUGGAGCGUAUUAGCCGUGGUGUAUUUGCUGUUAUGGGUAGUGCGGAUAUCCAAUAUGAUAUUCAUGAGGGCGAUUCGAAUACGGUUGAGUUUAAUUCCUAUCGCAGCGCCAAUGGCAAGGAUUAUCACCCGUUGCCCUUUAAAACGCCUCGCCAACAUAUAUUCGAGUAUUUGAACACCUUCUACAAGGACUAUGUAAUGGAUACCCUAAAGGAUUGUUCAAAUUUCCCAGCAUUUGAGGAUAAAUUUGAGCCACCCUUUGAGAGAGGUGUCUACUACUUGGACAAAUGCCAAUUUGAUCAGAAGUCAUUUCCACAACAUUUACAGGAGGGUUUCUACAAGGUCAAUAUGAGUUUCCGUGGUGAUGUGGAAUGGUAUAUUGUUUUUGUGGCUGAGGUACAAAGCAAGGUGUAAGGAAGAUUUUUUAAAAAAAUGCCUAAAUGCAAGAGCGAAAAAAAGAG